GAACGAAGGAAAGAAUAAUACGAGUGUGAAUUUGUUGGGGGUGGGGGUGAGACCUCCCAUGGACUGCCUGACUGAGUAGAUAGUGCAAUAGUGAUUGGCAGCACAGAGAUAGAAGCGACAAGCCGCCACAGCGGGAGGAAAGCCUGUCUGUAUCUGGGUGGAUCUAGCGGCAGGAGAGCUGGGUGGCUGCCCCCUCUAGUGGGAGGAGAGCUCUGACAAGGAGUUUACAUGGGACACCAAAGUGAGUGGAAGUUGCUCUCUUCCCAGCUGUUGCAGGGCAGUGUGCGAUAUUGACAUGCAGAGCUGUACCCGCCUUUAUCUGCCUCUCCAGAUAGAAGCACCCACCACUUCGCCAUCCCAUCAGCACCCCCUCAGCCCCGUGGAUUCUUCCUGCCCAGUGCGACUUGUGACCAUCGGAGCCGGUUUAUUGAAGUGAGCAUGGGGGAACCCUGCACUUCGCUGCUGUAUCAUCCCUUGUGAGAAAGCGCAGGCAGUUCCCCAGUCACACAGACAGUCACUGCCGGCAGCAGCCUACUCACUUCUUUGCACUUGCUCAAUGUGGAAGAGCUGAACUAGGGGGACUUUAUGGGAAAAACAAUGUGGGCUAGGGCAGUGUUCCUCUGCUUCUCGGUGGGCACGUUACUGUGGCAGGAGGUCCUGACUAGGAGAAUCCCAGUGGACACCGGUCAGUGUGGGCUGCCCAAAUCGCAAGAAGAUCUGAAUUCCUUUCUUUGGACCGUAAGGAGGCAUCCACCUGCCUAUCUCUUUGGAACCAUACAUGUGCCUUAUACAAGAGUUUGGGAUUUCAUACCCCAAAACUCCAAAAAGGCGUUUCAUGACAGCAACAGUGUAUACUUUGAAUUGGACCUCACUGACCCAUACACUAUUUCAGCUUUGGCAAACUGUCAGAUGCUUCCACAGGGGGAAAACCUACAGGAUGUGCUGCCCAGGGAUCUGUACAGGAGACUAAAGAGGCACUUGGAGUAUGUUAAGCACAUGAUGCCUCACUGGAUGACCCCAGACCAGAGGGGAAAGGGCCUUUAUGCUGAUUACCUCUUUAAUGCCAUUGCUGGGAACUGGGAGAGAAAGAGACCUGUGUGGGUGAUGCUGAUGGUAAAUUCUUUAACAGAAGCUGAUAUCAGGUCUAGAGGUGUCCCAGUCUUGGAUCUGUAUUUAGCACAGGAAGCUGAUCGAAUGAAGAAGAAAACCGGGGCUGUUGAGAGGGUAGAAGAACAGUGUCAUCCUCUCAAUAGGUUAAACCUUUCCCAGGUUUUGUUUGCCCUAAAUCAAACAUUGUUGCAGCAUGAAAGUCUACGUGCAGGAAGUUUCCAAGCUCCAUAUACUACAGAGGAUCUUAUCAAACAUUACAACUGUGGGGACCUCAAUGCUGUGAUAUUUAGCCAUGAUUCUUCCCAGCUCCCAAAUUUUAUCAACGUCACUCUUCCCCCUCAUGAACAAGUAACCGCACAAGAGAUUGAUAUCUACUUUAGGCAAGAACUGAUCUACAAGAGGAAUGAGAGGAUGGCAAGGAGAGUGAUUGCACUUCUUAAGGAGAACAAGGACAAAAGUUUCUUCUUUGCUUUUGGUGCAGGCCACUUUCUUGGAAAUAACACAGUCAUUGAUGUUCUGAGACAAAAUGGAUAUGAGGUUGAGCACACUCCAGCGGGACAGACAUUUACUGCAGCAAAACCCAAAACAAACCCAACCUCGGAUGACUCCAUGGCAACCGAUUCUCCAGCAAUGAAAUAUUUUGAUCACGUCCCUGCGACAGCUUCCUACUUUGGCGAGUCGGAUGAGGAGAUGCUGCCCCCCCACCUCCUGUUGCCAGACAGUAUUAGUCAGCUGGAAGAGUUUGGAAAGCAGAAUAGUUGGCAUCGGAAGCAUUACAGGAAUCAGAGACCAAGGCAGUUCAAUGACCUUUGGGUUCGUUUAGAUGAUAGUACAACAACAUUGCCUUCAAACACUAGGAACACCAACGGAGAACAGUCUGCAGAGUCACUGGUUUGGCUGCCUGAGCAGGAUCAUCACAAUUACCUGGAUGUUAAACUGUCCCAUUCACAGAGCAAUUCAUCUCCCAAGUGCCUAUCAGCAAGCCCUGCCUUCCUCUAUACGUUAGUAACUUUGUGCCUUAUAACAACAAUGAGAACACGAUCAUGACAAUGUUCUUAGCAAGAGCAGCAAUAACAACAAAGCUUAUAAGCUAUCAAAUAUAUUUCUUUAACGAAGAGGUAUAGAUGGAAAUAUUUGUGCUGUAUAGCCAUCAAUUCAAACCCCAGCAUUUUCAGUGGCACUUUUAUCAGUGAAGAAGAGGAUUCAUCUUUCACAUAAGAAAAGCAUUACUUAUUUUAGACCCAUUUAGUUCUACCUUCCAACGCCAUAUAACGUGCUGUUGGUUUGUUUAUACCAGUUCAUUGUCGGUCAGUUUGAUACCCUUGUUAGUGUCUCCUGAGGGCACCAGUAAUAUACCUGACAAGUGAUGAGCAAAUCUGUCCCUUCUCCUGCGACUGCCCACACCCUUUUUUGACAUGACCGCAAAUUUUUGGACGC